UUCAAACGCAUUUAAUUAUUUUUUGAAUCGAGUGGUUGCUGCGCGCGUCGCGGAUAAACGAAUUUCGGUAGCUACAAAAUUCGCUAAAAGCCUGUGCGUUAUAUUAUCCCUAAACGGUAAAAGUUGUGAGUGCGCGUUUUCAUUUGAUUUGCAAAGUUAUCAAUAAAAAAAACAAACCAAUUGAGACGCGUGUUAUUCAGACUUUGAAAACGAAAGCAACGGGUAAAUCGAGUUCGAACUAACGGUGUACACAGAAAAGUUUGUUUCGGAUUAGUUGAAUUGGCUUUCGGAAUCGCCACAACCGGCGAUCGACUGAUCGCUUUCCACCUCACUGGGGCAAACACUGGAAUGACGAAAGUCAGGGUCCACCAGCACCGAAGUGCAAUCAGCAGAAUGGCCGCCAGCAGUAGCGUAAUCACGUUUGGUUGCCUCCUGGCCCUGGGCCACAUUCUGGCGCCCACCGAGGCCAAUGUGCACCCAGUGCUCACGCACAAGAACGCCUCCUCCCUGCUGGGCCAGCUGGUCACCUCGAGCACCCUGGUCUGGGAGAGCUACGAUCCGAAGGAUGCCACGCAGCUGUCGUUCGCAGUCGAGGGCGGAAAGUACAUCACGGAGGACGAGCAUUAUCCGAUCUAUGUUUGCCGGGUGACCAUCGACGGGGUGCACACCUCCGGCCACACCGAGAAGAUCCUGCAGCGCCACAGGUGCGUGGCGGCCCACUACAAGCACGGAAAGUACGACAACUUCGACGUCCUGAUGAACAAGGGGCACCUGGGCAAGGUCGGCUGGAAGCACUGGCGCAAGUUCGAUGCUGGCGUCCCAGUGGGCGCCAUUCGCAUUGGAGACGACUCGUUCAUUGGCCGCCAUCGGGCCACGCAUCAGCCGAACUCGGAGGGCGUCGCAACCCACUUUGGCGCAGACUUCAACCUGGGUCGCCUCGAUCCCCUGGGUCUGGGCAAAAUCAUGGUCAUCGAGAACGAUCGCGAGAAGUACUACGACGAUGGCGAAGUGCUGAUCGAGACGGAGCCGUUCCGCUACGAGCUGCGGGACAUCAAACUGGACCGCAUACGCACCGACCUGCGACAGAACCUAACCGAGCUGGCCACUGGCAAACUGGAGAAUCUGGGCGACAAGUACAGCACCGUGGAGACCGUGAUGACCUACAGCUUCGACUACAUUCAGUACUGGGGAUCCCAUGACGGUGUGGCGCGUGGACUGCCCACAAAAAUAUUCGAAAAGGAUAUCAUUAUCCCAGCGGAAAUCAACUGGGCCCUGAAGACCAGCGAGAAACGGUUCGAGAACAAGGCGGUGCAGACCAAGUUGUGGCCGGGAACAGCCAUCAAUGUGACGCUGCGUGGCACCUAUGUGACCCUGGAGGCGCCAUACACUGCCAAACUGUUUGCCUUCUACUACGGCAGCGACGAGAGUGUUUCCCGGAAGAUAAGCGCCGAUGUUCGCAAGAGCUACUUGAAGGAGGUGAAGCUGGAGUUCAGCCCCGUCUACUGGAUUGAAAACGGCACGCUUGUGCCCACAACGACAACAACAACGACUACCUCCACCUCGACCACAACACAUGCCACCACCACCAGCACCAACGAGCCGACACCCAUAAACGAGCCUCCACUGGUACAUGUGAAGCACAUGGGGGAGAAGCACUCGGGUCCCGAUAGCCUGGAGAAAACACUGCACGACUCGCCGGGGAGCAACGAGGUGAACUCGCACGAGGCGCCCGAGAAUAUGUCCUCGAAUCCCGGCAAGGAUGUGGCGCUGGCCGGCUUCGGAGUGAACGCAGCGGGAUCGAUAGCAACAGCAGGAUCUGCUUGCAUGACGCUACUCCUAACACUGUUCUUGAGUCUGUAGAUGAAAUUGUAAUCUGGACUUAGUGUAGCGUUUAAUUGUUGUUGUUGUACCUGUUGUACCCGUCUUUGAGAGCAAAUGGAGAAGUGAAAGAAUGAGAAUUGAGGAAAUUACAAGAAGACAGCUAGACAGAGAGAGAAGGAGAGAAGUAGGGCAUAUAGGAAAUACUCGUAGGAAUCGGGCAGAUGUUCUGGCAGAUGUUCUGGCGGAUGUGGAAAUGGAAAGCAAAAGUUGAUAUUUUUUAUACUUGUCCCAAGGCUUCUUCUUCUACAAAAUACCCCUGAAAAAGGUAAUCAAAUCCAAAUCCAAAUUGCAAUUAAAACUAAUGAAAAGAAACGAGAAACCAGAAACCAGAAACAAGAAACAAAACAUUCCUAAACCAAAUCCCUCACAAAAGGAAAUGAAUCAAAAGUUUAGAUAUUAAUACGUACUGUACUACUUUUACUCGUAUGAAGAAUAUUUGAAACGUUUUUGAGUUGCUUUGCAAAACAGAAUGUUUAAUGAAAAUUCGAAUGGCUUCUCAUUUAUUUAGUUUGCUAAGCGGUAAUGUAAUCGAUAAUCGAGUAGGAAAAGUAAUGACUAAUGAAAUGACAAUUGAAUAAGCGACGAUAUUAUUUUAUUUGAUGCGUUCAAUAACGAUACGACGAUGUAUGAUGUAUGUAUAUGUCUAAAAAUUAAAGCCUAUGUAAAACAUAAGUAUAUAUGUAUCUACCGUAAGUGUAAGUGAAACACUCCAAAUAUGUAAAUUAGAAACUAUUUCUUUGAAUCUUUCAAUUUAAGUAUGUUUUGCUCGCUGACCAGCCUUAUUUUUUAAGUUAAUUCGGAUCCAUUUAACCCGGUAAACACACGAUGAGGACGGAUUCCCUUAUUUCAAAUUAAAAUCAAAUAAAAAGCUUGUACAUUUUAAUCGAACGAAAAUGCAGCAGAAUUGGUAUUCUGAUAUUUUGCUAUGAGUUCUUCAAAACAUGUUACUUUAAUUAGCAUCUACUUUGGAAAUAUCGAUGCACGAAUCGUUUGCACAAAAAAUUAAACAAGAUCUGCCAGAUUGACUUGAAUAGGGGUAGCUCUUUUGUAUACCAUUCGAAAUAAAGCAACGAAACCUCUUCUUGCAACGGAAGCGAAAAAAACCAAUGUUUUUAAGAUAAGACACUAUAUUUUAGUAUUGCUUUUCUACGACCAAUUUAAUGAACAUUUACAAUCAAACAAACACCUCAGUCUUCGGCUCUAGAAAUACUAUUCGAAUAGAUUCCGAUUACUCCUAUGAUAUAUGCAAGGCACAUACCCAUUAGCCUCGCCCUAACUGCCCAAUUACAGGCACUUGGAGCAACACCUGUGCCCAUCUGUUUAUUGUCACUGCACCGUUUACGGAACGACUUUGACAGUUAGACACUUGUGAGCCAUUUGUGGCGGCGAGUGGCAGUAGCGCAUUGCAUAAGGCCCGAAAAAUGCCACAGAAGCUGCCAGGUUCGGGCAACUGAAGAUCAGACCGUUCUCAGGCUUGUUUAAACAGCUAAUUAUCAGCCCGUUGGGCAUGAUUUUGUGUUUUAAUUCGAUUUCUGUUUGUACCCCUUGUCAAUUUAAAUUUAAAUAACUAAUUAGCAUAGUCGAAAGCCAUGCAGUCUGCUGUUGUCGCGAUUAUCAUGCAAAGCACGUUGAGUGGAGCGGCGGCGAUAGUGAAAUAUUGUACCAGCUACCCAGCUACCACGAUAUAUUUUAUUACACAUCAAUUAAUUCGUUCGUUCGUACGUUCUGCUCUGCUGGCGACAGUAUCAUCGCUCCACACCAGCCACAAAGCCCCCUAAGCGGGUUUCGCACAGACCUAAACAAAAAGUGGCUCGCUUUUGCAUUGGAAGCCCAUGAUAUUCUUGUUAUGUGUGCGAUAUUUUUAAAGCGUGACCACAUGACGACCGCUGGGCCGGCGAACGGGUUCCAGCUUGGAUGCCAGGGCAAUUGAACUUCUGUUGUUCUGUUGUUAUUCUUGCCUUCGUUUGGGGGCGUCAAAGCAAAUCAAAAACGCCUCUACUGUAUUCUAAACAGUUUUUGUUUGCCAUUCACGAUGUUCAGGUUCAAGUUUUCGGUGAUUAAUCUGCCUAAAAGAGAUAAUUUGGUCAAAUCUAUUGGCUGGGGGCUCAACAUUUGUAUGGCAGCAAUUAUUAAUUGAUUCAAAGCCUCGCAGAGCAUUUCGUUAUUGUACAGACAAACUGAAAUGAAACCUUUUACCAGGUUUAUCGGCUUGUCGCUGCAGCGUAAAUAAUGCAUGUACAUAUUCAGUUUGUGCCGAGGCGGGGAGGGGGCUAAGCCUGCUAACACGCGCCUCUCAGUUCAUCCUGUGGCUCUGGUCUGCUGACCAAAUUUUAUGCAUGGCUUGCCUGAAACAAAAGCCGCCCGUGACCGCAGGCUCCAACCCUUUUUCGCUGCUAGCGUGGUCUGAGCUUCAGUCGGCUGUAUCGGCCUGCAAUCUGCCCUCUCCCCCCGCCGCGUCUGUUGCAUUCAGGCGUGAACAUAGCCCAACAUAAUUCCACUGACGCACGGACAUACAUAUGUGCAGACCAUGGGUGCACUUUGCGCAACGCUGAAAGCCGCUGCCAAUGGUUUUGGCCAAAGGCAGCCUUAACGCCAGCGCUGUUUAUGCGGCGGCGGUUACGUUUUACCUGUUUACGCUUCAGAAUUUUUAUUUCGUAUUCGAAUGUUGCAUAAAUAGAACGCCUCCCGUGUUGCCCGUCCACGUGUAGGGGUGGGUGCCUGCCAGAUGUGGUUCCAGUCUCAGCUCCAUGGAAAUUUAUGUUAGAAGGAUAGAAGGAUAGGAUAGCCACAGCUCUACUCCUGCUCUGUGCAGGACGAUUACGAUCUAUGUGCGUAUUUACAUUUAAUAAUAGAAAGGUUACAUGUCCUUUCUGGACAUUAUCGAUGAUAUGUUCGGCAAGGAGUAGAGGAAUAUUAAAUGUGAUUGAUGAAUGUAUUGCCAGCCCAUUGAUAAGCGAUAAUCAAACUGAAAAUUAAG